AUGCCGAGACGUCAUCUCAGAGGACGAGGGCGAGUAGGACCAGCCAGCGAUCAACCACAUCCCCGUUCCACCUGCGUCCCGCAUCGACGACGAACAGCACUUGGCAUUCCGCACCGCGUACGUGGACAGCACUAUAAAAAGGGGAGGACGAAGAAGCAACAGGACAGUCGAGUAGUUGGUCAGCAGGCUCAGGACAGUUAG